UUCCCGGGCGAGUGUCUGUGUCUGUGUCUGUGUCUCGAAGCGGCACGCGGCCCGGGAUUAGCGCUGGGGAUUCCCGUCUGAAGCGUCACCACUGUCACUACCAUCACCCGCGGAGCCACUUCUAGAGGGGAGUAGACCCGGCCCUACGCCGGGCAUUGAAGAUGUUGCCCCUGUCCAUCAAGGACGAUGAAUACAAACCACCCAAGUUCAAUCUGUUCGGCAAGAUCUCGGGCUGGUUUAGGUCUAUCCUGUCGGACAAGACGUCUCGGAACCUGUUUUUCUUCCUGUGCCUGAACCUCUCUUUCGCUUUUGUUGAACUACUCUACGGCAUCUGGAGCAACUGCUUAGGCUUGAUUUCCGACUCUUUUCACAUGUUUUUCGAUAGCACUGCCAUUUUGGCUGGACUGGCAGCAUCUGUUAUUUCAAAAUGGAGAGAUAAUGAUGCCUUCUCUUAUGGGUAUGUUAGAGCGGAAGUUCUGGCUGGCUUUGUCAACGGCCUAUUUUUGAUCUUCACUGCUUUUUUUAUUUUCUCAGAAGGAGUUGAGAGAGCAUUAGCUCCUCCAGAUGUACACCAUGAGAGACUGCUUCUUGUUUCAGUUCUUGGGUUUGUGGUAAACCUAAUAGGAAUAUUUGUUUUCAAGCAUGGAGGUCAUGGACAUUCUCAUGGCUCUGGCCAUGGACACAGUCAUUCCCUCUUUAAUGGUGCUCUGGACCAGGCCCAUAGCCAUGGAGAUCAUUGCCAUAGUCAUGAAUUGAAACAUGGUGCUGUGCAUAGCCAUGAUCAUGUUCAUGGUCACGGACACUUUCAUUCCCAUGAUGGUCCUUCCUUAAAAGAAACAACAGGACCCAGCAGACAGAUUUUACAAGGUGUAUUUUUACACAUUCUAGCAGAUACACUUGGGAGUGUUGGUGUGAUCGCCUCUGCCAUCAUGAUGCAAAAUUUUGGUCUGAUGAUCGCAGAUCCUAUUUGCUCAAUCCUGAUAGCAAUACUCAUAGUGGUAAGUGUUAUUCCUCUUUUAAGAGAGUCUGUUGGAAUAUUAAUGCAGAGAACUCCUCCCCUGUUGGAAAAUACUCUGCCUCAGUGCUAUCAGAGGGUGCAGCAGUUACAAGGAGUUUACAGUUUACAAGAACAGCACUUCUGGACCUUGUGUUCUGACGUUUAUGUUGGGACCUUGAAAUUAGUAGUAGCACCUGAUGCUGACGCCAGGUGGAUUUUAAGCCAAACACAUAAUAUUUUUACUCAGGCUGGAGUGAGACAGCUUUAUGUACAGAUUGACUUUGCGGCCAUGUAAUGAAUGAAAAGAAAUUAUGCUUUUUUGGGCACCGACUUUUUCUGGUACUUUACAAUCCAAAACAUUGUAUCUAGCUUUUUGAAACAGAGAAAUCAUCACUACAACUUCCCAGCAUCAAGUAGACCAACUGGUGCCAGCUGUUUGCACUCUGCAGGGAGUUCACAGCGAAGGGACCAGAAUGAAGACGAUCUCUUCUGGACUUCUGGUCUUGUCUUUUGUGCUCUUCCCUCCAAACCCGUUUUUUGAUUUCUGAGGUUUCUAGUUUUGUUCCAGGGUGUUGCUUUUUGUUUGUUUCUUUCUUUCUUCCUUUUUUUUUUUCCCCCAUUUCAAAUGUCCUCAUGUUCACCCCUCGUCCUAGCCAGUAAGAAAUUCAGAUUGUGGGCCUCUAAUCAUCUGAAGUGUCUUCACUGAAGCUGCUGGAAACCACUGCUUUCAUUCCCACAAAACCAGUGUUAUUUAAAAAAAGAAAUGGAAAUCUGUUUUAUAUGUAAUGUCACAAUUGUUGACGUUCUUCAGUUUAAUCAUAUGUUUGUAAAAUUGUUUGUACCUUGCAAACUUAUGAAUCAAACCAUAUUGGGUUUUCAAAGUGCCUUUGUCUCAGAAAAUGUAUUUGCCAGCAUAGAAAUUUACCAUCAAAAGUCAUAUUUUCUUUAAUGAAUAUUCUGUAAUCUGUACAAAAUAAGACUCUUGUUAGUAAUGUAUACAGGUUGUCUUUAUGUGUACUUCCAGCAUAGGUUUAGAUAUAUAAAACUUUUCCUUUUAUUACUUUUUCUCUUCAAAAAAUAAAAGAUUUUUUUUUUUUUUUUGCUUUUUAAAUCAAUUACACAUUAACUUAUUUUGUGGACUGUUUUCAGAACAUUGCAAAUACAUCUGUUACACAGGCAGUUGUUUUGACUUAAAACAUUCGCUAAAUUCCAAAUUUCUAUGAAAGCUACUGUCUUUGAUAAACUUUCCUAUCUCUAUCCUUGCCAUUUUUGUGGAUUUUAUUAAUGAAAGGAAAAAGCAAUAUAAAGACAGAAAUGGUUAUGACAGUGUCAUUUUGCUUUUCCAUUCUUCAAAUCCGAGUCAUACAAUUUUCUUGUGCAAGUGUUGCACAAACACAAUUGCUUUCAAGAAUCCUAAAGCAGCAUUUAUUGAGUUUGAACUAUUGAAGGUACAGAGCAAACGUGGUAAUAUAGAACUCUUCCUAACACAGGUAUCUUAGAAGUUAAUAAGUUGAUUUCUAGGUUCUUGUGUAUUUGAAAAAUAAAAUUGCAAUUUGAGAUGACAAGUGCUUGAACAGUCUAUUUAAAUAUUCUGUGUUUUAUGAAGAAAUAUUGAUCUAGAUAGACAUUUUCCCAUUUUACUUCAUUUUAUUGCAACGUAUAUUCCCUUGUUACUUAAAAAAAAAUUGAAAUUGUUGGGGGAAGUAAAACCUUGCAGGAUGGAAGUAAUUGUUUAGAAUGUAAAUCAAUAAUAAGCACUUUUUCACUGCUGUGGCAGAAAUCGCUGUUGAUUUUCCCUAAUUUUUAGAGUAUCUUUUCCCCUAUUUCUGACCCACAAUUUAUGAACUACUGUUUAUUGUAUUAGGAAAACUAGACUACUUGCUUCAUGCUUUUCUAAACUCCUACAUAUUGACAUGAACUGUCAAUAGUCUUUUUGCAGAUUAAGUAGUAUUUUCAAAACAUUUUUACUUAGUGCCCGGCAGUUCCAAAGCUAAGAAUUCCUGCAGUGGAAUGUUUCACUGAAACAAUUGUUGAAAUGUUUGAAGAGGGAAAGUAUAAUAUAAAAGGAAAUGUCCUGUUAAUGGUACUGCUUCUUCAUCAUAAGUGUUAAGUAGUUAUUUGGAAGUUUGCAUCCACUGCCAAGCCUGAUGGAAGCCUGGGCUGUUCUCUGGGUUUGGGCAUAUCACGGAAAAUGACAGAUCAAGAUGAAGACAGGGAUUUGGGAUGUGUGCCUUUAAAAACUGAUUAUGUGCAAUUGUAUUGCUAUUUCACGUAUGGAGAUAAUAUUUGCACUGGCCUAUAAAAUUUACCGGUGCGUUUUGAAGAUCCACUUCUGCCUUUCGCUGAUCCCUCCAAGUGAAGUUUUUGUCAGCAUAUGCAUCACUUUAACUAUACUCUGAAUACACAAAUGCAUGAGUAUGUUUUUUUGUUUGUUUGUUUGAUAAGGCAUUGUCUGUAUAGAGCAUUAGAGUGAUAUGAAACUCUUAAUUUUGUACCUGCUACAAGAGAUUGCCAGCUCCUAUCAUUUGGCAGAUUGGCAGUAAUAUUUAUGCUUUAAUUAAAUGUCUUUAAACCUGUGUGCGCAGCAGUAAAAAGUUAGUGAGAAAAAGCAAAUUCUUUUUCACUCUUAGGAACUACUUUGUCUUAUCAGUGUUCUUGGCACAGAUGUAUUUGCUAAAGUAGAUAAUUUUAUUGAGAAAUACUACUUGAUUAGUAUUAUAAAAUUUAGAAUAACCUUUGGGGCAAAUCUGAGUAUCUGAGUAUAACAUUGCUAAUAUUUUAAAAAACAAAUUAUUCUCUGGAGAACAAAUUUGUAUUGCUCAGGGAAAGUUUACCUUGCCAAGUAAACUUCCCCAAGUAGAAGUAUACCUACACUAGUUUUGUGGUUUUAAAUCUCGAUUAGUCAAGAUGAAAGGCUUAACCUAUGUAAGGAUGGCCCCCUUAUAAUGCUGACUCCCUUGCACCUUGUGAAGGAUAGUGUUUAGUUUGUCUGUAGCUCAAUGUUCCUCGCGCCGUUGUCCCCGCGUCGUCGUCCCCACCGGCAUAAGGAAGUGGUAACAUUAUUGGCAUUGUGAUUUCUCUGGUGUCCAGAAUGCUUCAGCAUUCUUCAGAGCUUACACGUAGACACCAGUAACCCAAAUACUGUGACUUUUGCGCACUUUGUAAAGAAGCCAAAUCAUUGACUACAAAUGCAGUUGGUCAGAGUUCUCUAAUGUUUUUACCUACUGUGAGCAAAUUUAGAGAUUAUUAAUACGGCAGCAUCCUCUUAUGUAAUGCUGGGAUUUAAGAACAAAAAUAUUGCAUUAACACAGAAUUUUAGCUGUAAGGGGACUGUCCUGCGAAGCAGUCUCGUUCUACCUCUCAUUUAUUACAGAUGAGAAAAUGGAAGCCCAGAAAAGCUGUCGUUUACUCCAGGUCAGAGAUAAGUAGUGGCAAAGCCAAGACUAGAAUCCAGGCCUUCUGACUCCAAGUCGAGAGUUCUUUCUAUUUUACUGUGCUCCCUCUCCAGUGUAAUAUUUGCCUUUCUGUGAAUGUGAUGAAAAAGCAUUUGUAAAUAAAGGACAUCUGACCUCCCUUUUUGGUACAGUAACACACUUUAUAAACGGAGUUUUAUUGUCUUUUCAUAUCUAAUUAUGAGGUUUUCAAAUAUUAGUUCCAUAGUAUUCUUUACAGAAGAUAUAAUUUUUUUUUUACUCUUUUUUACUUUUUUACUCUUGUAAAACCAGUUCCUGAUUUUUUGCAAAAUUGAUAACAUUUGUGCAUUGGAUACUUUUAACUUGCGAGUGAAUUCAUCUGUUAAUUUUGCCCAAGGCUUAAUCCAGUUUAAGGAUUGCUUAGUUAUUUUGUGAACGCUGGUACUUUUUUUAGAAACCAGGCUAAUGUACAGGUUAUAUCAUUUCAGUCCUGCUACUUUAGUUUUCAGUCACUGGAGAGCUUUUGAACUUUUAACUUUAUUCUCAGAGCCACACAAAAUUGGGCAUUAAAUGUUGUAUAGAACAAGUCUUUUAAUUCCUCAUAAAAUCAUUACCUGGAGAAAGCUUUUUUUCUUUCUGUCGCCAUCCUCGAAACAAAUUAUUUUCCAAUUCACAAGAACUUUAGCAAAAAUGGAAAUUAUUUUCUUUAAAGAACACUGAUUAAAAGUUUUAGUAAUGGAAGAAGAUUGUCUGAACACAUUAUCCCCCAGAAGCCUUAGUGAUUCAGGUCUCAGCCAUAAAAUCCAGACAGACUUUGGUUUAUGUUUAACCAUUUUCUAACUACAAAUUAUACGGAAAGACAGAGUAGGGUUUAAUCUUUAUUAAGUGUUUAUGUGGUGUGUGUGGUGGCCGUUUUCAUGUUAUCACAUUUGAAAUCCUCACAUUCUAUUAAAAAAGAAUUUUGCAUGAUUUUAUGAUAGACGGAGCAUUUUCAAAUAUGUUUUCUCUUCUGAUUCUCUUAAAAACCCUGUGAGGAAGGAAUUCUUAACCCAUUUUACAGAUGAAGAAGAGCACUGCAAGAGAAUUUAAAUGACUCCUGGGGGAUAGUGAUAAAGCACUGACUCUAAAUCCAGAGCUUUUUCUGGACUGCUCUGUUUUAUGUGUGUCAUUCUACAAUGAGUUAAACACCCAAAAACUUGUAGCAGAUCUAAAUAGACUCCUAUAAAAUCAGUGAACAAUGACCAUGACAAAAUUGACAUGGGAACAGGCGAUACAUGAACAUUGUUUAUUUAGACUCAUUCCCUUUCUAUCCUCUUAUGCCGAUUUCCUACCUUUGCCAUUGAACUUAAACUGCGAAAAAGAGCAACCAGAACUCCUUUAAGCACUUUUAGUACUUAAAAAAAAGGAAAAAGUAUCAUUGACACUCAGAGUAUGCUGCUUAAAAGGAGUGACCGGAAGAGAGUCAGUGCCAGUGAAUCAAGAAAAACUGAACUGGCAAGAGAUGUUAACUUAGUUAUUAGGAAAUUGUCUUUCAAGAAGUAUAAUUUUGUACGGCAUGAGAGAGACACUGGUUGAUCUUAUAACAUAUUUUAUAGACACCUUUUCAAAAGGAAGAAAUCUAUUUCAUAAUUAAUAGUAAUCUGUUCUUAAAAUUAAUAAUAGUAUUUCAUUUUGUAUUUGUAAUUUUGAUCAUGAUGUUGGAAGUCUGUAAAAAAGAAUGUCUGAUACAUCCUAUUAUCCCAAAACUUAGCAUGAAUUUACACUUAAAUACUCAGUAAAUAUUUGGUUGACUAGUGAGGAAAUAAGGUCGAUAUUAGUGGAUACAACAGUAAGGGUUAGGGACAAAACCAAUAAUUCACUGUUUAUUACAGAACUCAGCUUUUCUUUGGCUUUUUUUGCACAAAUAAGUGACUUUACACUCACUUGGGCCAUUUUCUUUCCAAGUAGCCCAGUGAGCUGCUCAUUCAUCUUAAUACAGAAACAGUGGAAGUACGUAUAGAGAUGUUACAUUUUGCAUGUUGUUGGACCAGACUUUGGCAGAACUGGGACUGGAACCUGGGUCACUUGAAUUUUUAUAUUUUGUAUAGCCAAAUGAGAAAACACAUUGUCUUCUUUGUUUUUAUGGAAAGUUGCCAUAUUCAUAUUACUUUAAGGACCUGUGUAUAUCAUGUCUUCUAUUUCAUUUGUCCCAGAUGUAUUAUCCAAAACUUUGCGAUGUAUCUUGAAGGUGUUCCUAUAAAAAACACUACAUGUAUUAAAUGAUUUAAAUAUUCCUAGGAUAGUUAUGUUUUCCUCUCUAAAUACUAAAUUUUACUAGAGCUUCUCUGUUACCUAUUUUCAUUGCUGCUACCACUGUAAAACUUCCCCCUUUUACUAGUGAAAAUAAAGCUUUAUUUUGAAUUUUAGUAUUAGAAUUUUGUUUAUAUAUCACACAUCAUGCAUCAGUUAAGCUCUGUAAAGAUUCCAUUUUGAACGAGAUGUAUCCCUGCCAAGAGUUUGCCAAGUAAUCCCACUGCUUCCUCUAACAGUAAAUUCAGUGAUAUUUCUUCCCAAGUGAUAUUUUGCCCCAGCAUUUGUGAGUUGAUCAAUAUAUAGGAUGGGCCUUUUAUAUCAAAUACUGUAAAUGACAAUUU